AUGACCAAACAUAGACUUUGGUUGUGCUUCUAUUUUUCAAGAACAAAGAGAAGACCUUUUACUGCUUUCCCUUUACGUGCAAAAGAAGCAACAUCAUCACAUGUUCCAAUUAAUCACAAGAUCUUGUGUUUUUCUCUUGCAGAGAAGUUAAUAUUUCGUGGUUUGUUCGACUCAGCUCAGAAAGUUAUUCGUAGAAUCAUCAUGCAAUCCUCAUCACUCUCUGAAGCUAUAACAACUCUUGAAUUUUCCAUUUCUCUUGGCGUUGAACCCAUGGUUCAUUUGUUAAAAACAUUGGCUCUUUCGUUAUGUAAGAAGGGUAGAGUUGAGGAAGCGCAACAGUUGUGCAUGGUUAUGGAGUCUUAUGGUUUUGUUCUGGAUAAAGUCAUGUACACAGCUCUCAUCAACGGGCAUUCCAAGAACCGGGAUAUGAAAAUGGCUAUGAUGGUAUUUCUUAGAAUGCUCAAGUUGGGCUGUGAACCGGAUAAGUAUACUUACAACACGCUUAUAAAUGGAUUUAUAAACUUGGGCAUGUUCGACAAGGUUCGGGUGCUGCAUCAGCAGAUGGUUGAAUUUGGAUUAGAACCUGAUGGGGUAAGUUACCAAAUCUUGAUUUGCAAGUAUUGCAAGGACCAUAAAGUUGAUCGUGUGUUGGUGCUAGCAGAAGUAGAUAAGAUGAUGGACAAUGGAUUAGUUCCUGACCAUGUUAUGUUUUUUACAUUGAUCAACAAUAAUCCAAGAGUAUUAGGGAUUAGUCUAGCAUACAAGUUUUUGCGGGCAAUUGCCAAGAACGGUUGCGCAGACUUAGGAUACGUUAACAAGGAUGAUAAACAUCUUAGAUUCCGUUUUCAGUAUCUUCAGAUGUAUGUUGGAUCUCUGCUAAAUUCCGAAAGUACAUUUGAGUUUCCUUAUGGAUAA